GCGCACGGCACCGUCACGUCACGCGAGAAGGCAGCGAGACAAGCAAAGCGAAAACAGCAACAACACACGAACCACAUUUGUUAUAUCAUGUGCCUAAAAACAUAGGAUGGGCCUGUGUAUAUGUACCUAACACUCGCAAGACCCAGCUAAAGGAUUGCAUGGAAUCGUAAAAGGAUAUGAGUUCCUCCAAGAAUGGGGACAUUUCACAUGGAGGUAUGCUUGGUGAAGAACAACAGCUUCUCCAGGACCUUAAGGAAGAGACAGAUGACGUUGCAAUUUAUGAGCCAGUCGAAGGACUUGGAGGGGUUUUCCCGGGGGCCACUGAGACUGGGAAACGGACAUUUGCGGAGAUGGGCUCUGAUGUAAAUGAAAAGUCCACGAGCCGCAAGAUAUUCAGAGUCUCUGAGGAGAUCAAGAAGCAGUUGACAGAGGAGAGCCUCCAGCGAGCCCUCCCAUGCCUGACCUCUGGGGACAAGAUGGACUGUGGCCGGGACAACCCCAGAAGCAGAACCUCGUACAGGAGGCCCCUGUUCGGUAUCUCCCACAGGAUCAACGAGAAGCGCAUCGCGCCGAGCUCGGAGACGUCGGCCGUUCAGGGCGGAGGACAGCAGCACGACUGCGGGAGCCCCUUCACCUCGGAGUUCCACAGUCCAGAGGAAAACUGCAAGUUCGAAGCCUUCCCCGGUGCCGCGAGGGUGCCCGGCGAAGGCUUGCCGACAGACGCCGGCCUCUAUCCGCUGAUCGAGAAGAUGUUUUUCAUCCUCAACACGCUGAAUUCGAGCAUGACCCAGCUGCACAGCAAGGUGGACCUGCUGUCCCUGGAGGUCAUACGAAUUAAGAAGCAGAUCAAGCCGGGCGAGAUGGUGACCGAGUUCCAGCCUCCCCCACAAUAUCUGCUGACCAGCGAGGAGCUUCAUCAGCUGAUGGAGCAGACCUCGGGCGCCGGGGAGCUGGGCUGUCGGCUGCUGGUGCAUCUGUUCCCGGAGCUCUUUAAGGCCAGCGAGUGCACCAACGGCUGCAUCGCAAGCAAGAGAACAUUGGACUCGCUGCAUCUGCAGCUCAUACGCAAUUACGUAGAGGUGUGCUUCCCGUUAGUCAAGAACAACAACGUUUGGCAGGAGGAAUGCCUGAUGCAGAUCAAUGACUUGUUUAAUCAUUUUUGUGCACAGAAAGAUAUGGAGAGUGCCCGCAUGCAAAGAAAGCAGACAAUCAUAGAUACGGGAAUCAAGGCAGAGCAUGCCGAGACCUGCCACUUUAUUAAUGAGGUGGGGGAGGAGGAGCACCUCUCGAUGGAGGAUCAGAAUAACCUGGCUAACUCGGACUUGGCCUCUGACAUACAACUCACGGAUGACUUGGAUGAGUUCUCCUCCCCUGAGGACUUUGUUAUCUUCCUCGUUCAUCGCCUUUUCCCUGAGAUUUUCGAGGAAGGUAAAUUCCCAGAGGGCGCCAGUGGUUUUCACGGUGUCGGACAGCUUCUGCUGGAGUCUGACAGGUUGGAAAUUAUAAGGAAGUACAUGGAAUCAAAUUUCCCUGACGUGCCUGAGGACACCUGGCUCCAGGUGUGCGUUCAGCAUAUGGAGGAUGCAAUAGAGAGUGUCCACAGCAAUAUUAACGAGGGGGAACACGACAACAUCAGUAAUAACAGCUACGACUUGGCCGGUAUUCCGGAGGAUGUCUCCUUGAUAAGGAUCCCAAAUAUGUUUGAUCAUGAAAGGCCGAACCGUAGGUCCAAAAAGUCUCUGCUUGUCCCUGUGGAUUUUGACGACAUGGAAAUCCCUCUGCCAGACUUCAGCGUUCCCAAAGAAUAUCUCCUUUCCAAGGAAACACUUAAGAGCAAUUACGACUGUAGCCUGUCCAUCGGGAACUUUGCGUCUCGGGUUCUGGUGCUGAUGUUCCCCGAGCUCUUUACCCAGGAGAACGCACGGAAGCAUUACAACUGCAGUGGCUCCCUGGGCAAGAAGCAGCUGGACCCCGUUCGCGUCAACCUGAUCCGGCACUACGUCCAACUGCUGUACCCUCAGGCCAGGAACGACCGGGUGUGGAUGUUUGAGUUUGUGGGCAAGUUGGACGAGCGGUGCAGGAGACGCGACACGGAGCAGCGACGGUCCUACCAGCAACAGCGGAAGGUCUACGUUCACGAGCGGGAGCCCGAGGCCAGCGACGCGGACUGUCAGCUGAACCAGUUCAACGGCGACGCUCUUAGGGAGGACACAGACUGCACACAGACCCCCGCCGCGCCGCCCGAGAAGAGCAGCAAAGACUUUUGUAAGAUACCGCUGGACGAACUCUCGGUAACCGUACCCGACUUCCCCGUGCCUUCGGCCUACCUGCUCUCGGACACUGAGGUGCGUGAAGUCGUGCAGCAGAGUCUCUCCGUGGGGAACUUUGCCGCCCGCCUCUUAGUGCGUCUCUUCCCCGAACUCUUCACGCAGGAGAACCUGCGGCUUCAGUAUAACCACUCGGGGGCGUGCAACAAGAAGCAGCUGGACCCCGUGCGCCUCCGGCUGAUCCGCCACUACGUGGAGGCGGUGUACCCUGUGGAAAAGAUGGAGGAGGUGUGGCACUAUGAAUGCGUGCCCAGCAUCGAUGAACGAUGCCGGCGCCCCAAUCGGAAGAAGUGUGACAUUCUGAAGAAGGCCAAAAGAUCGAGCACUGUGUUUUAGCCACAAUAGUUUGCUGGUAUGGCAACAGCUGUCUUUGUCAUGAAAUUAUUGCACACAAUAUAAGCUCAAUCUAUUGCAUUGUCGAACUUUUACAGCAGUCCGAUGUAGGUUUUCAAUCAGCACUAACAUUGGUCUCGUUUUAUUUUUGACCAUAACAGUAGAAAUUAUUGUUCAAGCACUCGAAUGCCGAGUGAUAACAAAUGUAUAUUUAUGAGCCGAACUGCCAUAGCUUAUGUACACAUUAACUGAUGCAGCUUAAAAAUAAUGUUAGCUAAUAGAAUAGUUAAGUUGAUAUAUGAAUAGAAAUUAAUCAGGUGAUUUGUUUCUAUUUCAGUCUAUUGAACCACUGUUUAAGUAAGAAUUUGCUUAUGUUAAACCUUCUUAUAGAAGUUUAUAUAUAAAAACAAUUAACAAUGACAAUGGGUCAUGUUAACCUUUUUUCUAAUAAAAUCACAUUCAUAAAAUCUAGUUUAAGAA